GUGGAGCGGCUAAUCAGUCAGAACAAAGCCGGGCUGCUGCUGCUGCUGCUGCGGUUAAAGUAGCCUACCGACGUCGCUCCUAAGAACCUGUAUUAGCUUUUACACUUAAACUGCACCAUGACCAAGAAAACGACUCCUCUCCUCUUUAAGGCGCUGCUGGAGCUGGCUGAAGCCCAUUCUUCUAAAGUUGUGCGAGGAAACACUAAAAGAGCGAAUGUCAGACACUUGGGCUCCUGUGGGGCCCUGGCAGCGAGAAGGGCCAGCCUGCCUCUCUCCUCCGCCAUCCCCAUCAGCACACCCAGCCGCAGCUUCAUCAACCUGGUUGCUCCCAUCAGCACCCGCAGGAUGGAGUACACUGAGUGCCGGACAUUAGGGUAUACUCCAGAGCAGAUGUACAAUGUAGUGGCAAGCGUGGACCAGUACCAGCACUUUGUCCCCUGGUGCAAGAAGUCUCGGGUCAUGAAGGGACGAAAUGGUGACGUCCGGGCAGACCUUGAAAUAGGUUUCCCCCCCAUCGUGGAGCGCUACACCUCUGAGGUCACCAUCAUCCCAAACCACCAAGUCAGGGCCGUGUGUACUGAUGGAUCCCUCUUCAGCCAUCUUGAAACAAUAUGGAGGUUUGCCCCUGGAACCAAAGACCAACCAGCCUCCUGCAAAGUGGAUUUCUAUGUGUCAUUUGAAUUCAAGUCUCUUCUGCACUCUCAGCUGGCCAGCGUGUUCUUUGAAGAAGUGGUUAAGCAGAUGGUCAGUGCCUUUGAGUCACGGGCAGCAACACUUUACAGGAACCAGCAGAAGGCGCCAUUAAGGAGGUGGUCGAUAUAAGGCGACCCCUUUGACCUCCCGUCCAUCCACAUCGAAUGGGACCUUUUAACCAAACCCUGGACUACCUACUAUCAACACUUGUUUUACACAGGAGACUGGAUCUUCUUUUUGCACUCACUCAUAUAUUAUACUUGAGUUGACAUGCACAUGGAAUAUACUUAAAACUAUACUAUACAACUAUUUAUCUAUGAAACACAAGCUAAUUUAUUUGCUUUCUUGUACAUAUGUAUUUAUUUUAGGGAUAGGAAUUAAUGCAUGGUUUCAAAAUGUUGAACACAAAUGUUUUCUAUGGAAAAUUGUGGGAUUAUGUACAAAAAAGUGACUCCCGCUCAGUGCUGAAACAUCUAAAAGGGUUACAAGCUUUUUUUUAUACAGCAUUGUUUGGCGAUGGAAUUAAAAAGCUUUUAUUUUGGUAAA